AUGGUUUACGCAAAUGUAUUCAACAAACUCAAGGACAAUGAAGGAAAAUUUAAGGAAUCCUUGAUUGGUGAUGUGAGAGGAUUAUUGAGCUUGUACGAAGCUACAUUUUUUAGCGUACAUCACGAAGAUAUACUAGAUGAAGCAAUGGAAUUUACCACCACUCACCUCAAUUCUACACUACCGAACUUGAGCAAUAAUCCACUCGCAGCACAAGUAGUUCAUGCUCUAUAUCAGCCCAUCCACAAGGGCUUGACAAGGCUUGAGUCAAGGCAUUAUAUUUCCUUCUAUCAAAAAGAUGAUUCCCACAAUAAAGUUCUAUUGGAUUUUGCAAAAUUGGAUUUCAACUUAUUGCAGAAAUUGCACCAGAGGGAGUUAAGCGAAAUCACAAGCUGGUGGAAAGAAUUGGAUGUUGCAAGGAAACUAUCAUUUGCAAGAGACAGAGUGGUGGAGUUGUACUUUUGGACAUUGGGAGUGUACUUUGAGCCUCAAUAUGUUCUUUCUAGAAGAAUUCUAACCAAAAUGAUUUGUUUGGUUUCGAUUAUUGAUGACAUCUAUGAUGCUAGCCAGGCUACCAUCGAAGAACUUGUGCUUUUCAAUGAGGCAAUUCAAAGGUUAAAUUCCCGCUCUCCCUCGUGA